AUGUGGCAACCAGACGGAGAAGAACUCGGACAGGUAAUCGAUUUUAUUCAAGAAAUAUUCUAAAAUAUUGAUGAUUUUUAGGUGGUUGCACUUUUGCAACAUUCUCAAUCAACAGAUCGAGAUGUUCAGAAAAAUGUUCAACUUCGGUUGAAUCAAUUAAAUGAGCAUCAACGAUUUGGAUGUUAUUUGGUUUAUAUUUUUAGUCAAAUGAAAGAAGAUGUUGAUGUGAGUUUUCUUUUCAUAAAAUAAAUAGAGCAAUUGAUUAUCUAAAGUUUAUUUGUAGUCUACUAGUCGAUCACUAGCCGGUUUGUUAUUGAAAAACAACAUUCGACAAAAAUGGACAACAUAUCCGGCAGAUAUCAAAGGUUUCAUCAGAAAUCACUGUUUAACAUGUAUUGCUGAUGAUACUUCAUUGAUUCGUGCAACUGUUGGAAUUAUUGGUAAUUUUCAUACAAAGUUUUGAUAUAAUCAAGUUUUCCUUACAGUUACAACAAUUGUUGUCGAAGAAAACAUUUCUGAUUGGCCAGAUUUGUUAGCAACUCUUUCAACAAUGACAACAACACAAAAUGAGAAUAUGCAAGAAGGAGCACUUAGUGCUUUGCAAAAGAUAUUCGAAGAUUCAGCGGAUAGAUUUGAAAACGAAGUGUUGAAUCCAAUAAUCCCUCAACUUUUAGUAUUUUUCGAUAAUCCAUCAGAAAGAUUGAGAUCAUUGGCAAUGAAUUCAAUCAAUUGUAUUUUAAUGGUUAAUAAUGAUCCAAUUGAUCUUGUUAUUGAUGAUUUUCUCAAUUCUUUAUUUGCAAGAGCACAUGAUCAAGAUGAAGAAGUUCAAAAACAACUUUGUCGAUCAUUGACACUUCUUUUGGAUACUCAUAUCGAAAAAAUGAUGCCUCAUCUUCCAAAUGUUGUUGAUUAUAUUAUAUUGAAAACACAAGAUUCAAAUGAAUUAAUUGCUUUAGAAGCAUGCGAGUUUUGGUUAUCACUCGCCGAAAACAGUGAAAUCUGUCGACAAUUAUUACAACCAUUUUUGGAAAAAUUGGUGCCUGUUUUGGUGAAAUGUAUGAGAUAUUCUGAAAAUGAUCCAGCACUCAAGGUUGGUUGUGUUUUGGUGUAAAAAAACGUAUCCCGAGUAUAAUAAUUAGAUAACAAUCACUUCUUUUUAAUAGGCAAACGAAGACGAUGCAUCAGUUCCCGAUCGAGAAGAAGAUAUUCGACCGAGAUUUCAUAAGUCAAAACAACACGGUUUGAUGAAUGGAAUUGGAGAAGAUGAAGUAAAUAUAUUUGAUAUUAUUUUUGGUUUUAUUUUCUGUGAAACAAAAACUGUUUUUUUCAGGAUGAAGACGAAGAUGACGAUGAUGAUGAAGGUAGUGGUGAUUGGAAUAUCAGAAGAUGUUCAGCUGCUUCCCUCGAUGUUCUUGCAUCCAUUUUCUCGAAAGAGCUUCUACAAUAUUUGCUUCCAAUCUUGAAGGAAACUCUUGUUCAUCCAGAUUGGCUUGUGAGUUUUCAAUGUUUUUCACAAAUUUUGAUUAUAUAAAACGACAUUUUUUCAGGUGAAAGAAUCGGGAAUUUUGGCACUUGGAGCGAUUGCUGAAGGAUGUAUGGAUGGAAUUACACCGCAUUUAGGAGAACUUAUACCAUAUUUACUUGGAAUGUUGCAAGAUAAAAAACCGCUCGUUCGAUCAAUAUCUUGUUGGACACUUUCCAGAUAUUGUACAUUUGUUGUGACUGAUGAAAAUGCCAGAAAUCAUUAUUUUCAACCAUUAUUGGCUAAUGUAAGUUUCAUAAUUUCUGUUUUCCUCGAAAACUUUAUUUUUUGCAGUAUUUGAAUUGUUCAUUGGAUAUUAAUAAAAAGGUACAAGAAGCAGCUUGUAGUGCAUUUGCAACAUUAGAAGAAGAAGCUGGCGAUCAAUUAAUUCCAUUCCUUCCAAAUAUUCUUGAUACUCUUGUUCGAGCAUUUGCUAUUUAUCAAGCCAAAAACCUGUUGAUUCUCUAUGACGCACUUGGAACUUUAGCAAAUUCUGUCGGCGACGCUCUCUGCCGACCAGAAUAUGUUCAAGCUUUGAUGCCGCCAUUAAUGGAAAAAUGGGAAAGAUUGAGCGAUGAUGAUAAAGAACUAUUUCCACUUUUAGAAUGUAUUUCUGCAGUUGUUUCUGCUAUGGGUUUAGCAUUUUUGCCGUAUAUUGAACCAGUUUUUAGGAGGUAUGUUGGUUUUUAAAAUAAGGGUUGGAGUAGUGAAUGACAAGUUUCUGAUCCGAUUUUUGGAAAAUGUUCUUCUUUGUUUAAUUUUUUCCAAAUUUCUGAACAGAAACUGAAAAUCAUGUUUCAUGAACAACGCUUCUCUUUUUCUCCAAUUAAUAUUUUUUAGAUGUGUGACGUUGAUUACGAAAAGUAUCGAACAAGUUCAACAAUUCAAUAUGAACCCGAAUGAAUAUGAAGAACCAGAGACUGAUUUCAUGAUUGUUGCUCUCGAUCUUCUAUCGGGUCUUGCUGAAUCACUUCCAGUUCAAAUCGAACAAUUAACACAACAAUGCAAUCUUGUCGAAAUGAUCAUAUUUUGUGCAAUGUUACAAGAUCAACGAGCCGAUGUUCGACAAUCUUGUUUUGCUUUGCUUGGUGAUUUGAUCAAAGCGUGUUAUCCAUUGAUAAAACCUCACAGUCGUAAGUCAUUGGAAACAAUAAUAAAUAAAUCAAAAUUAAAUUUCAGAAACAUUUUUAAUGUUGCUUGCUCAAAAUAUGGAUCCAAGCAAGAUAAGUGUUUGUAAUAAUGCGAUUUGGGCAUUGGGUGAAUUGGCAUUGAAAAUGGGAAUUGAAAUGAAACCGUUUGUUGCGCCACUCAUUGAAGGCCUAAUUACUGUUAUCAACACACCGCAAAAUAUGCAAAGAACUCUUUUAGAAAAUACUGGUAGGUCUUUUUUUUUUUGAAGUUUUAAAUCUUUUUCGUAUAGUGAAUGGCUUUAAAAAAAGUUUGAUGAGUUUGAAAAGAGCAAAAAUCAAAUUUUUUUUUCAGCAAUUACAAUUGGUCGAAUGGGACAAGCAUGUGGUGAAGAAACUGCACCAUAUUUGGUGCGUUUCAUUCGCCCAGUCUGUUAUUCUCUUCGAAACAUCAAAGAUAAUUUGGAAAAGGAAUCUGCUUUUAUUGGAUUAUGUAAUAUGAUCAAUUUGAAUCCUGGUGGAAUUUUACCAGAUUUCGUAUUUUGGUGUGAUGCUGUUGUAUCGUGGAAUACACCAAAACCAGAGUUGAAGGAUAUGUUUAAUAGGGUGAGUUUUUUUUGGAGAUAUGAUUUUUUUCAAAAUUUGAAAAUUUGGUGAAAAAACGUUCUCCGGGGUCUUGGCCACUGAUUUCUGCCAUAAGUUUUUUUGCAAUGUUUUUCGGGCUUUUGCAAAAUCAAGUUAAAAGUUUGAUAAUUUUCAGUCAAGCCGAAAUCUUCAAAAAAUUAUAACCCAAUAAAAUUUUAUUUGAUUUCAUGUGAUCAAUAUGUUUUUUGUCGAUUUUUUCAGAUUCUAUUAGGAUUCAAACAACAAGUUGGUGAACCAAAUUGGUCGAUGUUUAUUGCUCAAUUACCAGCUCCACUUCGAGAAAGAUUAUAUACACAAUACGGUAUUUAG